CGGGGAUUAAUAACAUCAAACACGUUUGGUUACUCAAAUGGUACUUCAGUGUGUGACAUUGAACUAGACUUUGGCGGACUAGUGACUUUGUGUUUUUUUUUUGAAUGUUUGUAAGAUGCAGUUUUCCGGAAAGUUUGGUGUCAGAAUGUUAAGUUAUUUAGCUAUAAUCCUUAGUUUAAUCACCAUGGCAGUACCUACUCCAGACGUAACCACAAUCUCCGUAACGCAUCCUUCAGGAAAAAUAAGUACCACCCUGAAAUCUCGCCCAAAACCAGUGAAAAGAUCACCAAUACAUCGCACACCGUCAUUUGAUCCCAGAAUUUUAUCAAAGAAAACACCACCAUUGAACGUCUUGCAAAAUGGACCAUACUUCAUCAACCAUCAUUAUAUUUAUUGUGAGAAUCUUGAUCAUCACACUUUGGAAGAAAUAAAAAGUAGCGGCAACCCUUUAGAAGUGUUGAAUUUUUACAAUAAAAACAAAUUUAGUGACUUAACUCCUUCACUGGAUUCAAUAGAACACUCUGGAUAUGAUGGAAACAAUAAGGAACUUCACAUUUUACAUUUGCCCAAAGACAAACAGAAUGAUUUUAAUGAUAUUAAUUUGCACUUAGCUUUGGAAAAUGCUCAUGAAACCUCUAAAUUACCUUCAAUUGAUUUUGAUUUAAAUAAGAAUUUCGAUAGUUUUGAAGUAAAUCUUGCAAGUAUCAAGCCUCCGAAAUUAGAUAUUUCUCUUCUUCCAACUGUCACAACCUCAACUUUUCAUAAGAUAGUGACGCCACUUGUUCAAGGACACAUCACAGCCGGGAAGCCACCAAACUAUAAUUUCAAUUCGAAUCAUUUUAAUGAAUUUUUCAAUACCAAUCACAAUGACCUGCAUUCGCAACAAAACGGAAUUAAAGGGAAUAAUAUUGUGGAUCCUCCACAUUUUGAGCGACAACCCCUUGAACGCGACAACGGAAAAUCCAGCUAUGACACACCAGGGGCUGUGGACUCUUACGGACAUCCCGUAACCAGUACCAGUCAAACUGUUCACGUUCACGGACAUUUUCAGUCAAAUUUUCCUGCAAACGGACAUAGAAAUGUAUUGAAAAAAGAUGAGUUUUUUAUACCUGAAGAAUACUAUAAUCAACUGAAUGAAAUUCAUGAGAUUCAAAGGAAACGAAGACAGGAAAUGAAGAGUUCAAAAAAUUUAGAUAACAGGGAUGGUAGUAAGCAUCCUAAUCAUAAAUAUGACUGAAAGAACUAUUUUUAGCCAGAAAAGUUGAACUUUCAGCUUGAUUUCAUAGAAUUUCUGUAUUGAGUUUGGUCAGUUUUAUUAUCAAAAAAUAGAACAAGUAAGGUAUAGUAUUUACAAAGUCAGUUGAAACAAGGUAAAGGUAAAGGCAACUGGUGGCUGACUAGUGGCAGCGCAUUUCUUAUGAAAAUAUCAGUCACCAGUUGUAAUUUACCUUCACCUUGUUUCAACUGACUUUGUAAAUACUAUAGGUACUCACCAAUUUUUUAUAUCAGAUAGGUAGGUACAUCAAAAAAAUAGUCGUACUAUUCUCGUGUUAUCCUUGGGAUAAAUUGUAAGAGAUCUCUUAAUUAUGUAUGUAAGUAGCGAUUUUAUACAUGUAUUUAUAUUUUAAUUAUGUAAUUUUAUAAAGAAAAUAUUUAUUCUCUAAUAAAUAGGACAAAAUUUAAAUUAGGCUCCAAUGUUUUGUCUGAUAUAACGCUUGUAACAGAUAUCCAGUCGGUUAGGUACCGAAUAUUCACGUUAAUUACUUAUUUCUAAAUACAAAAGAGUUUAAUUUGUGAAAUCAUGACGUCAUGACUAA